UCUUUCGAACGGAAUGGUGGUGUUGUUAUUAUUAGCGUUUGGCGCAGUGGCGCUUGUGAUAAUUUAUUUUAAUUAUCUAUUGGACUAUUGGAGGAAACGUAGUAUACCACAUAACACACCCACUUUAUUUUGGGGAAAUAUGAAACAAUGGAUGAAAGGAGAAAAACACAUUUCGCAACUUUUCAGUGAAACCUACAGGCAAUUCAAAGGCACUGGUCCAUUUGCUGGUUUCUACUUUCUAUUUAGAAGAAGUGCUGUGAUACUGGACCUCGAUUUAAUGAAGCAAAUUUUGAUAAAAGAUUUCAACAAUUUUAAUGAACGAGGUUUGUUCCACAACGAGCGCGAUGAUCCACUAACAGGUAAUUUAUUCUUCAUGGAUGGCACGAACUGGCGACGUCUUCGUAAUAAAUUGACACCCACUUUCACCUCUGGCAAAAUGAAAAUUAUGUACAACAUAGUAGCUGAAGUGGGUGAACGGCUUACACAUGUCAUUGAAGAGAAAAUCCACGAUAAACGGCAAGUGUUAGAAAUUACUGAUUUUUUGGCACGCUUCACAGCUGACGUCAUUGGUACAUGCGCCUUCGGUUUAGAAUGCAACAGUUUACAGGAUGGUAAAGCAGAAUUCGUACGCAUUGGCAAAUCCUUCUUAACGAAAUCAAGACAUAAUGUUUUAGUUGAUGGACUCAUAAACUCUUUUCCAAACAUGGCGCGCCGUUUGCACAUGCGUGUUAUUAAUGAUGAAGUCCAUGAAUUUUACAUGCGUGUUGUCAGAGAAACUAUUGAUUAUCGUGAGAAAAACAAUGUGAAAAGAAACGAUUUCAUGGAUAUGUUGAUUGAGAUGAAAAAUAAUCCAAAUGAUGACGAUUGCCUUAGUAUUGAAGAAGUUGCAGCACAAGCAUUUGUAUUCUUUAUAGCUGGCUUCGAGACGUCAUCAACUACAAUGGGUUUUGCAUUAUAUGAACUGGCACAACAUCAAGAUAUACAAAACAAACUAAGACAAGAAAUAAAUGAGGUUAUAACCCGACACAAUGGAAUAUUUAGUUACGAAUGUAUGAAAGACAUGCAUUAUCUUGAUCAAGUCAUAAGUGAAACACUUCGUAUGCAUCCGGUAGUAUCACAAAUUGUACGUAAAACUCUUGAACGCUAUGAAACGGACGAUCCACAUUACUACUUAGAUAAGGGCACAUUUAUUCUUAUACCAGUCACUGGUAUACACUAUGAUCCAGAUAUUUAUCCGGAACCUGAAAUAUUCAAACCAGAACGCUUUACUCCUGAAGAAAUACAAAAUCGUCACGUAUGCAGUUGGUUGCCUUUCGGCGAGGGACCCCGUAAUUGCAUCGGCAUGCGUUUUGGACAAAUGCAAGUUAGUAUUGGUUUGGUCAAUUUGUUGCGAAAUUUUAAAUUCACAGUUGCUCCAGAAACUCAAAUACCAUAUAAACUUAUUACGAAAAGUUUUGUUAUGAAUGCUGAAAAUGGAAUUUAUUUAAAUGUGGAAAAGAUUCAUUGACAUUUCCAUUUAUUUAUUAUAAAUUUAUUUUUUUUA